CGUACCGGCCAACAUGGAGGGAGAGGAGUCGCUGUCCCCCACCGAGCCGGACCUUCUGGAAGGGACAGACCAGAAGCCAGAGUUGGAGGAGGAGCAGGGUGAACCCGACGAAGCGGCUCGCGGCAGCAAGAAGCGGAUCGUUCCAGGGAUUGUGUACUUGGGCCACAUCCCGCCGCGAUUCCGGCCCUUGCACGUCCGCAACCUUCUCAGCGCCUACGGUGAGGUCGGACGCGUUUUUUUCCAGGCUGAAGAUCAGUUUGUGAGACGCAAGAAGAAGGCGGCAGCAGCUUCGGGAGGAAAAAAGGGAUCCAAGUACAGCAAAGACUAUACUGAGGGCUGGGUGGAAUUCCGAGACAAACGCAUAGCCAAGCGGGUGGCAGCCAGUCUACACAACACGCCUAUGGGUGCCCGCAAGCGCAGCCCCUUCCGUUAUGAUCUUUGGAAUCUUAAGUAUUUGCACCGUUUCACAUGGUCCCAUCUCAGUGAACACCUUGCCUUUGAGCGCCAGGUGCGCCGGCAACGUCUAAGAGCAGAGGUGGCUCAGGCCAAGCGUGAGACUGACUUCUAUCUUCAAAGUGUGGAAAGAGGAAAACGCUUCCUUGCUGCUGAUGGUGAUACAGCUCGGCCUGAUAGCUCCUGGGCAUUUGCCCAGCGUCCCACAGAACAGGAGCUGAGGGCCAAGAAAGCACGCCCAGGAGGACGGGAAAGGGCUCGACUGGCUAAUGCCGAGGACCAGGCCCGUUCUAACCGAGGUCUCCUUGCCAGGAUUUUUGGAGCCCCCUCAUCUUCAGAGAAUGUGGAGGAAUCCUAGCAAGCCAGGGACUUCUGAGAGACAGAGUGGUCUUCACCUAGCACAGCCCUGCUUCUUGUCUACCUCAUGCUAGAAUGAUGAAUGACUGCCCAUGCUCACAUUUUCUGUUUUUCUCAGUCCAGUAGUUGCUGGUGAAGUCUCAGACAUGGAGCUUUUGUUAAGCCUCUUUGCUGCCCCAACACUCUUAAGUGCCAGGAUGAAAUAACUUAUGUCAUACUAACAUGGUUAUAACUAUAGUAAAUGCCUGUUUCACUUUG